GUCGCCGCAUAACGAUAACUGCCUGGUUCUUCGGUUGUUAAGGCGCUCUCAGCUUCUAUGAUGCGAUACAAUACUUACUUGAAAGUCAUCGAUUUAUAUCUUUCCGCCUCUCGAUAUUGCGACAAUUGGAUUGGCUUGAUGAACCGCGGUCCCAUGAAACAAAGUUGACGAUUCAUUCGGUUAACGAAACAGCUCCCUCUAUGGACUACCAAUCUGGGCUUCUCUAGGGGCGUUAGACCGCAAAUCGUGGUUCCGAUUCGGUAACAAAGAGGCGCCCAUCCCCCAUUAUCCGCAGAUAGUGGCGUCUCCUGGCUUAUAUUAAACGCCAAGCUGAUCCCAACUCUUUCAAGCAGCCAACGUCGAGCAUCGCUUCAGCACUCUCAAAAGUCAAUUUUUUUUACCCCACUCUUCAUCAUGCUGUCAUGGAUGGCAGAUAUCUUCCCCACGACACAUUCCCCGCCGCCUGUCGUCACCCAGUCGGAUUACACCCCUCUCACCAUCGAGUGCAUCCAGAUACCUGCAGACGGCUCUGAUCCUCAUAUGGUCCGCCUCGAUACCACCUACAUCAACGACGACAAGCUUGACGACUCUUUCCUCUUCCACAUCCCCGACGUCCGCGUCUUCUGGACAUUCCACUACGCCACCGAUGCAAAGUCAGAGGAAGGGAUAUGGCGCAAGCGCACCCUCCGCCGUGUCGAUGUCGCCGACCAGCACACAGAGGCGCUCAACGGGAGCUACUAUUUCUUCCGCUGCGUCGACGGGCGGCUUCAGCGGAAUCUUCACUUUCGGAAGGACACGACCGUGAGGGGGGACGUCUUCGUCGUCAAAGUGAAGGACUGGGACACAUGGUCGGAGCCUGCCGAGUAUAUCGAUGUCCCGACGGAUUUCGUGCAGACGAGGGAGGGGAAGAUAACGCUCAGGAGGAUGAUGGAUGCUUUCGUGAGCGCUUCCACCAUCUGAAAGACGGUUCCAGGUUCGACGAUACUUCGCUUUUAUACAAUUAUACGGACUUAUGAUAAUUUACUGUACCACCAUUUAAUCUUUUCUUUCUCCCAUUUCAGAUUCAUCAACAAGCAGCAAUUAUAUCUUAUACCCUUCCAUUCCACACUUUAUAUAUUCUUCAUGUUUUCAAAAUUUAGCUAUGCCUGGCCCUCGUACGUAGCAGCGAACAUACUAAACGUUUAAAAUUUGAUCUUCCCCUCCGCAGAC